AUGGCGGGCCGAUCGGAGUCCCGCCGGAUGAUCCCUUGGCUGUAUGAUCUCGUUCUCUGGCUCUUCACCUGCGCGCUUGAUCUCUUCUUCCGUGAGAUCUAUCCUCGAGGAGCCUGGAGAAUCCCCGAACGAGGACCAGUGUUGAUCGUCGCUGCGCCGCAUGCGAAUCAGUUCGUUGACUCCGCAAUUUUGAUGCACCUGCUCAAGUCCCAGGCCAAGCGACGUGUCUCAUUUCUGAUCGCUCAAAAGUCGAUGCAUGAACCCUAUGUGGGGACACUGGCAUCCUGUAUGGGUGCUCUACCCGUUGUCCGAUCGAUGGACUUGACCAAACCGGGCAAAGGCACUUUGUAUCAACCCGAGCCCCAGAGCGACCCGGCCUUGAUCCAUGGGGUCGAUACGGAUUUCACACAGUCCGAUUUCAUGGCCGGCGGGUCAAUUACCGUGAAGGGCCGGGACGCCCCCGAAACGGCCUCAAUUGAAGAGAUCUUGGGGCCCACUUCCCUUCGGCUCAAGAAGCCCUUCGCAUCCCGGCUUCCCGAUGAUCCCGGCCGGAAAGGAACCCGAUUUAAGAUCGCUCCUCAUGUCGAUCAAAGCCAGAUGUUUGAUGCCGUCUACAAAGAGCUCUCAAAUGGAGGUUGUAUCGGUAUUUUCCCGGAAGGUGGCAGUCACGACCGUUCCAACCUGUUGCCCUUGAAGGCCGGUGCGGCUUUGAUGUCCCUAGGAGCACUAGCGCGCGAUCCAGGCUGCGGAUUAUCCAUCAUUCCCUGUGGCAUGAACUAUUUCCAUGCACACAAAUUUCGCUCCCGUGGUGUCAUUGAAUUUGGCCGGCCCAUUCAUGUUCAUCCCGACCAAGUUGAAGCUUUCAAGGCCGGUGGCACGAGCAAACGUAAUGCCGUCGGCUCGCUGCUUGAAACGAUCUACGAGGGUCUGGAGUCUGUUACUCAAAUCAGCCCUGAUCACGAAACCCUCAUUUUGGUUCAGUCUACGAGGAAAUUGUAUAACCCUAUCAGCAAGAAAAUUCCACUUCCGCUUGUGAUUGAGUUUAAUCGCCGGUUGUUGAAGGGAUACACAAAACAUCGUGAUGACCCCCGAGUCCAGGGUCUUAAAAAAGCCGUGACCGAGUACAACAGACGUCUUGAAUCCUUGGGUAUCAAGGAUCAUCAAGUGGAAUGGGGUAAUGUGGAGGAGAAGCCCUGGUGGCUUACCUUAAUCACCUUGGUUUAUCGCCUGUGCAAACUUUUUGUUCUAAGCUUUGGAACACUGCCUGGAGUCCUUCUCUUCUGGCCCGUGUUCGUUACGACCAAAGUGAUUUCCGAAAAGAAACGACGGAAGGCGCUGGCAGCUUCUGUUGUCAAAUUGCAGGGACAUGAUGUUGUUGGCACCUGGAAAAUUCUUGUUGCCAUGGGGCUGGCACCAACUCUGUACGCUUACUACACGAUUAUUGUGACAUUCUGGCUUCGCUACAACCGUUACGACGGACACUACUCCCACUCUGUUCCCUGGUGGACAACGGCACGGACCUACGUUCCUGAUUUCAUCCCCUUAUGGAUGUUUGCCGUUGGAUUUUUUGGGCAUAUGGUUUUUGUCAGCUAUGCAGCUCUUCGAUUUGGCGAAGUUGGCAUGGAUAUUAUCAAGUCUUUGCCGCCGCUUUUGGUGGCUCUCAAUCCGCUGUCCUCUUCUUCUCUGAUUGACCUGCGCCAGCACCGGGAAGCACUUUCCGAGCGUGUCACUCAGACUAUCAACGAUCUUGGCUUCGGCAUCCUGCCAGAUGUGGACGCCGAAAUUCCCACCGACACCUAUAAACUGGAUGCUUACCAGUCUUACCUCAAGAGCAUGCCUCCAAGUGAACCCUCGAGUCGGGAGCGCAGUCGCAGCCGGUCGAAUGGCCCUAAUGGUGACUCUCUGAAAGCCCUCAGCUCUAUUAACUCAGAAGGCGACCUGAAAGAAAUCGAUCGCAAGAUCGAGACCAACUUAAAGGGAAGAGGACGGCGGUCUAAUACUCUCAGUUCUUAUGAGACAGGCGAGUCGAUUCUCAAGUACAAACCCCCAAUAGAUCCAGAAGACAAGAAGCGCAAGUGA